GCUGCACUUGUUCUGUUAGCAGUUUGCAGCGGCCAUUUCAAAGAGACCGUCACAAAGACAAGAGAGAGAUCAGAGAAGCAAUUCCCAAGAUGCUGGCACCCUGCCUUCUGAGAAGAGUGGUCCUUACAGUUCCUUUAGUUUUUGUGGUUGCACUGCUUCUCACAAAGCCUGUUAGAUCUGAUCAAGAAGCGGGAACAGCCGUACCAGCUGAAAGUCGUCCCUGUGUUGAUUGCCACGCGUUUGAGUUCAUGCAGAGGGCUCUGCAGGAUUUAAAGAAGACAGCAUAUAAUCUAGACACGAGGACAGAAACUCUGCUUCUUCAGGUGGAAAAGAGAAAUCUGUGCGACUGUGUAACUGCAAAUCUGCUGAACUGAAUCCUGGAGGCCAGCUAAGGAGUAUCACCUGUUCAGUGGUUUUUAAAAUGCAGCUGUAUAAAAUACAGCUGGAGUUCAUGUUGCAAGCAUGCAUGCCCCAAUAUGCCGAGGAAACUGGGGGGCUGUGUCUUAUGUAUUUGUCUGUUCUGUUUUUUUUUAAAAGAGUACCCUCUUUUCACAUCCACUGGUUGCCAGUAAGGGCUCAAUUCAGUAAAACUGUUACUUGGUAUUAGAGUGGGGGAGAAACGUACCUGCUUUGUUUUUUAAAUCAGAGUUGGCCAAGUGUAACCCACAAGAUAAAUAUGGCCAGCAGUGCUCUAGAGACACUUGCAGCUGUUUUUUGUCUCUAAUAUGAACAUAUCUCUGUCGCACCUUACCCAGUUAUAUUGAGACAGGGAAUUGUGGUCUCUGUAGGCUUUGCCUGUGUAUUAAAGAUGAUGGAAGUCUUUUC